UAAGCUAUCUGUCGUUCACCACUGCCUUAAUGAGCGCGAUACCCUGCUAUGUUCUGCAGAACAUUAAAACUAGCAGAGGAGACAGAGAGACGAUGCUGAAUGAUGUUCUUGAAAAUUAGCUACUGUUUAAGUUAAUCGACCAAGGUGCACAACUCUUUGGAAGUUAAUUUUGAAACUUAAUUGGAUAUUUAUCCGUGGGUUAUAAUUUAAUUAACUAGAGGUGUACGACGACCUUUCCUCCUAACAUCUUUACCAAGAAACAUCUUUCAGCAAGAAGCAGAGAUGGCAGCUGGUCUGGAAAAAGCUUGGCACAGGUGCAUUUCUAAGAUUGCCAGCAAUGCUUGCCUGAUAUUUGGACUUCUUGCCUUCCUAGUCUGGCCCCUCACUAUGGCUUUUGUGGGAAUGAAGUAUUUGGAAUACUGUCCUAUUCAGCCACUGAUUCCCUUGUAUUUGCUGGUCGGAGGAGUUAUUGGAAGUUUAAAGGUGACGUUUCUGCUCUAUGACUCCGCAAAGAUGAGGUCACUUCUUUCCAAGUCAGUUGUCAUAGACGAUGAUGAUGAUGACGAGUAUCCGUGGCGACAGAAUGCCCACAAAUACUACAUCCACGUCACCCUCAGCCUGUUCCUCUUCAUCUGGUUCAUUCUGGGAAACUACUGGGUGUUCUCUGUCUAUAAACCUAACUUCAUCCGUCCGUUCCACCAGCCCCAGGAUUACUGUGAUAAAACCGUGUACAUCUUCGCUGUCUGUGUUCUUGUCAUGAGUUACACGGUGCUCGCUCUCCUCCUUCUGUGCACCUGCUGCCUCUACUGCUUCUCAACUGACAACCACUGCAGAGUAUGACUGAAAAAAAUAUAAGGAUGUGAAUACCAAACAAUUGUAGGUUCUUGUGGUGAUAAGAAACAAAGAUACCAGAGAAGCAGUAGUGGAAAUGUACGUCCUUGAGAUCUAUAAUGGCAGACAUGUCAAGAGUCACACCAACUUUUUUGGUGUCAAUUUUAGCACUCCUAAAAGAAGUAUUCCCAAAACUUGACCCUAUUAAUUUUUUAAAAUCUCACUUAUUUGGAUGGUCUGACCUUUGCAUCUGUAUGAAGGUCUGACAACAGGUUGCGACCCUUGUUAUAAGCCUACUCUCAUGCACAUUUAAUACACUGCAUCAUCUUGGCCUGCUUGUAUCCAUAUACAUUGCAAAUGUAUUUUCUAAGUCCAAACGUGUGCUCAAACAAGAGAUAAGAUUAUUCUUGUAUCAUUAUUACGGAGACUGUGUGGUCCAGUGGUUAAAGAAAAGGGCUUGUAACCAGGAGGUCCCUGGUUCAAAUCCCACCUCAGCCACUGACUCAUUGUCAGCAAGUCACUUAACCUCCUUGUGCUCUGUCUUUCGCGUGAGAACUAAUUGUAAGUGACUCUGCAGCUGAUGCAUAGUUCACACACCCUAGUCUCUGUAAGUCGUCUUGGAUAAAGACGUCUGCUAAAUAUAAUAAUAAUAAUGUAUUUUUAUACACCCGGCUUAUGAAGCGUCAACGCCCUGUUUUGAACGAUCGCCCUCCCUCCAACUUUUAGCUGAAAGUAAAGUUUUUACCAUUAAUUUCCGGUUUUCAUAACCAUGUGCAAAUAAUGCCUGAGGGGAAAUAUCGCGGCUCACGUGAAUAGAAAAAAACUUCCUAGAAGUAAUUCCUCUGUGUAUUAAUGAUUCAGACAAUUGCUUGCAUCAUCAAUGAUGAAGGUUCAGGUGACGAGGACGUGGAGUUCAGCGGUUUCGGAUCAGAUGAUACAGACCGUAGUUCGCUUUCCUGUUACGCUACAAUCCAUAUUUAGGAUUUUCUUCUUUUUUGUAACUCAGGCAUUUUUUUUGUAUUGAACAUCGUAUUGUAUUAUUUUGUGUUGUGUUUCACACUGGAGACUCCAAUUUCUUAUUAACGGAGACUUCACUUUAGUGGAUUGAAAAUGUCACUUUUUUUUAAAUGUAGCGACUGUUACUCUAGCGUUUUUCACCUACAAACAUGUCUUUUCAUGAUGUGGUUUUGCACUGCAUUUAAAGUUGUUUGUUUUGUGAAAAUAUUUGAACUGACAAAACAGUGGACAUACUGCAGCACUUUGAAUUGUAUUUCACCAGUCAUUAAAAAUGUUAACUGCAGUGCUGUGCUCUACCUUUUGAAUUGUAAGCAUGCCUAAUUGUAAUCUUAAUCUAUGUACUGUGGUAGCGUGGUCUGUGCAGGAUGGUAAUAAUAGACAGUUAUUGAUCUGGUGACUUUGUUCACAGUUCAAACAAACAGACUCUUUAUUAAAGUUCUCCAAAACACAACUUCACUUGAAGUACUUACUACACCGAAGAUAGCUGUCCCUGAUUAACAACAGGACGGCUAAACCGUUUUCCUGUAACAAAACACUUCACAGUUUUCAAAGUUGAAUUUUCACUUACAUCCAGUUUUUCCAAGUUUAACAGUACAGAUUUCCACAAUAGUGAAAAUUAAUAUAGGGCUGCAUUUAUAGUGUGAAGAUGAUGCUUAAGUAUUUUAAUUGUGGUAUUAGUAACUAUGCUAAUAAUACCUUUUUCUUUGUAAUGUACUGUAUUGGUUGUUUUUAAGUGUAUAGUUUGAAGAGUUUGCUAUGGAUGUAAAAAUAAAUACUUUCAUUACAAAAACAUUCAUAAUGCUUAGUUUGUGUAUUUGUCACAUAGUUUGUUUUAAAAACGGAGGUAUAUUGCAGAUGUUGCUAUAAAUAAGUGUUAACUAACAUAUAGAAGGAAAAAAACUACUUUACACUCAACGCGCCCUCUAUUAUAUGAAAA